AUGAAUGACUCAACAUUUACUAAUCUCGAUGGAAUCCCUGAAUAUAGACGAGUAAAUACACCUGUUGAUACACAUAUUUAUAAUACACCAAUAAUGUGCACAACAAAUAUUGACAAUACUUCAAAAUCAAUGAAAAUAAUUGUUCAAAAUCCAUUUGAAGACUCAUUAAAUACCGUAAAAUAUCAUCAUGAUUCAUCAUCACAUCAAACAUCUGAUGAUUUAUCCAUAUCCACAAAUUCAUUAUCUAAUAGUAAUAAUAAUAUAGCAAUAUCACGUAAUAUAAUUCAACAACAAAAUCCAUCAAGUCAACAUCCUGUUCGUUUUAAUCAAGAAUUAUUACAUAACUUUGGUAUCAAUAUUCCAACAUCAAGACAACCAGAAACAAGAGAACAUUCAUUAUCACCAUCAAUAUCUUCAUCACUUAUACCUAUACCAUCAUCAUUAUCAAAUACUUUAGGUAUUAAUAAUAUACAACAUAUGAAUCACCCAUCAAUAACACCAACUAUGAUUGGAACAUAUCCUAUACAUGAAUCAUCUUUAAAUAAUAAUUAUAUUUCUUCUCAAACUAAUUUUGAUAAUUAUAAUCAUCAUCAAAAAUCAACAGGAGUAUAUAUUACUAAUUCUCAUUCAAUUAUUGGAAAAGUUAAUCAACAAAUACAGCCAUCAAAUGGAAUAUCACCUAUUAUUUUAAAUUAUCCAACAAUGAUACAAACACAGCAAAUGAUGCAACCACAAAUGAUACAUCCAAAUACUUAUGGAUUAUCAUCACAAUUAGUAAUGCCACAACAAUCAUCAAUCAUUUAUGAUCCUAACAUUAUCUAUCAAACAGAUAGACAACAAUCUCAUCCACUCUCAUGCGAUGAUAAUAAUCUCAAGUCUUUAUUACAAUUUAAUUCACAAGUUAAUUCUCAAACUGAAUUAAAAUUACAGACUACAUCAAAUAGUAAUGAACAUUCUCAAAUGAAUAUAUCGAAUUUACCUUCAACAAUUCAUACAGAUAAAAUAUCUAAAUCACGUAAAAAACGUAAAGCAAAUGACGUAAAUACAUCAUUUGAAGAUGAUAUACCAAAAAAAUCACGUAAACGUAAAAAAAAAGGUAUUGAAUUAACAGAAAAAUUUGUUGAACAUUCCUUACAAAAAUUACAUGAUUUACCUAUGCUUACGCCUCUUGAACCUAUGUUUGAUAGUAAUAAUGAAUUAUUUUUAACAUUUCAAUUUUCUGAUAAAAAAUCGAACUAUGAAGGUGAAUUUGGUAAUAUUUUUAUUGAAAAUAUUAAUGAUAAUUAUCGUCCAAAUCGACAAAUAUCAUCGAAAUCCUUAACAAAUUCAUCAUCAGCACUCGAACGACAUUAUCGAAUAUGUUCAAAUUUCCUUGAUCAACCACCUAAUUUACCAUCACCACCAUUAAUGAUAAAUUCAUCGGAAAAAUUAUCUGAACUGACUAAAGAGCAAAAUGAUAUGUGUAAUGAUGAAAGUAUUAUUUCAGCAUCACCAUUAGCUACUGAUGAUAAUUUUAUAAAUGAUGUUCAAACCGAAAAUAUGCAUUUACUUAAAACAUUAUCAUCAUCUUCCGAUAGAAAUUUACAAUUAUUAAGUCCUAUAUUAUUAUCAAAUGAAAAUGAAUUAUCCAUAAAAACAAAUCAAUUUAAUGAAACAACAAUAAAUAAACCAUCUGAUGAUAAUAAAUUUGAAAAAAAUGAUCGACCACUUGUCGAAGGAAUUGACAAAGUAUCAGUUACAUUAACAUUAACAACUGAAGCAGCCAAUAAUGUUCAAAGUGUCAUUGCUGCUGUUGCUGAUUUACUUAAAAUUGCAUAUCCAUCAACAUUUGAUAUUCAUAAAACAUUAAAUAAUACAAAUUGUACAUGUUUAACAACAAUAAAUAAUUCUAAUACUAAUAAUAUCUUAUCUCAAUCUUCAUAUUCACAAAUACCAUCUAUAAAUCAUAGUAUAUCAAUAUAUAAAAUUGGUCGUGAAACAAAUGUUAGUAUUCAAUCAUUAAUUGAUAUGCAAACAAAAAUUUGUCGUCAUUGUUCACAAAAUUUGCUAACUGAAAAUUUAUUAAAGAAACGUUUAAAUGAAUUACCAUUAAAUCUACGUGAAUUAACACUAAAUUCUGAACCAUUUAUAUAUUUUUGUAAUGAACAAUGUUAUAAUUUAUAUUUAACAAAUGCACAUCAACAACAAACAAUAUCAACUAAUAUUAAAAAUGAACCAAUAGAUACAUUAUCAUCUGUAUCUAUAAACUCUUCAUCAUUAAAGCGUCAAGAAGAAAAUCUUACUCAAUUGAAUAUUAAUAAACGAUGGAAACGAUGGAAUCCAAAUUUAUCAAUGAAACCGAUCAUUCAUCCAUCAAAUACAAAUGACAUCGAUCAAUUAAUAACAGAUAUAAAAAUGCCAUUAUCAUUAAAUGCUAAGCAAGAUAAACGAAUUUGUAUAUUUUGUAAUGGUGUUGAUGAUAUGGCAAACAAUGGACCCGGAAGAUUACUUAAUUUUGAUAUUGGUCAAUGGUGUCAUUUAAAUUGCGCAUUAUGGUCUUCGGAAGUUUAUGAAACCGUUAGUGGUGCAUUAAUGUGUGUUGAACAAGCAUUUCAACGUUCAAUAAAUACAGACUGUUUAAUAUGUAAACAAAAAGGUGCAAGUUUAAAAUGUUUUUAUCAACGAUGUACAAAUACAUAUCACUUAACAUGUGCGAUCGAUAAUGGUUGUGUUUUUUAUAAGAAUAAAACUAUAAUGUGCCCAAUACAUGUUUCAACAAUAAUAACUGGUGAUCAAAUACUUGAAGAUAAAUCUGUUUUUCGAAAAGUUUGGAUUAAUAGAGAUGAAAUAAAACAGAUUCAAAAUUAUAUGAAUGAAGAACAUGACGAUAAAACAUAUAUAUUACGUAUUGGUAGUCUUAUACUUCAUAAUAUUGGUCAAUUAUUACCUCAUCAAUUGCAAUCAUCUGCAUUUCAUAAUCGAAAUUUUGUUUAUCCUGUUGGUUAUACUAUAACAAGAUUUUAUUGGUCAAUGCAUAAUCCAAAUCGUCGUUGUGCAUAUAUAUGUUCAAUAAUUGAUAUUGACAAUAAACCAAUGUUUCGAAUACGUGUACAAGAAAAUGAUAAUGAACAAGUAGAAGAAUUUCUAGAAUCAAGUGCAAAAUCUGUUUGGUAUAAAAUUAUUCAUGAAAUUGAUUUAUUAAGACAAAAACAUGGUCUUGUUAAAAUGUUUCCCGUAUUUGUUAAGGGUGAAGAUUUAUAUGGAUUAACGGAACCACAUAUUAUUCGUUUAAUUGAAUCAUUACCCGGUGUUGAAAUGUUACAAAAUUAUGCAUUUAAAUAUGGUCGAUUACAAUUAUUUGAUAUGCCAUUAACAGUUAAUCCAACAGGUUGUGCACGUAGUGAAUCAAAAUUACAAACUCAUUUUCGACGACAUGUACAAGCAUUAACAAGUUCACAUUCAAUUCGAAAUGCUUUAUCACGAACUUUAUACGGAAUUGAAACUAAUAAAAUUCCAUAUGGUAAACACUUUGUACAUUCGAAAUCAACUCAAUAUAGAAAAUUAAAAAUAGAAUGGCGUCAAAACGUAUAUCUUGCUAAAUCACGAAUUCAAGGUUUAGGUUUAUUUGCAGCACGUGAUCUGGAAAAACACACGAUGAUUAUUGAAUACAUAGGCGAAUUAAUUCGUAAUGAAGUUGCUAAUAAACGAGAAAAAUUAUAUGAACAACAAAAUCAUGGAAUUUAUAUGUUUCGAUUAGAUGAUGAUUAUGUAGUUGAUGCGACAUUGAGUGGCUGUUUAGCUCGUUAUAUAAAUCAUUCAUGCGAGCCAAAUGCAAUAACUGAAGUCGUACAAAUUGAAAAAGACAACAAAAUAAUAAUAAUAACAAAUCGACGUAUUCAUAAAGGUGAAGAAAUAAUGUAUGAUUAUAAAUUUAAUUUUGAAGAUGAUUCUAAAAUUCCAUGUUUAUGUGGUGCAGUUAAUUGUCGAAAAUGGAUGAAUUAG